AGUAGUGCAGUGGUAGCUGAGCCGUGCGAAUAGGUCCACCAUGACCUUCGAGGACUUCUGCGGUGGUCCGUUCUGGGACGAGGAGUUCGUGUGGGAUAUUGACAAUCCGAACCUGACGUUCUGCUUCCAGCGUGUCAUCCUCCAGUGGGUACCGUGUGCGUUUUUGUUCGUGUUCUCCAUCUACGACAUCUUGAAGAUUACCGAGAGUCGGUACCGUGACAUACCAUGGAACUGGUACAACCUCUCGAAGAUGCUAGUGAUAUUCCUGCUGAUGUGCAUGUCCUGGAUCGAUCUGGGCAUGGUGUUGGGCUACCAGGAUGAGCAGGGCUUGUAAGUUGUGCAGAUCCUGACGGCCGUGUUCAAUGCGUUGGCUUAUAUGGAUUUGCUUGUGUUGCUGUUCUUCAUGCGAAAGUAUGGAGUUCGUACGUCGGGCACGAUGUUUGUGUUUUGGUUCCUGCGCAUGUUCUUCGGCAUCAUUCAGCUCCGCACGGAGGUGAUGGAGAACGAUAAGCGACCGAACGCGAUCGGAUCUGGUGACAGGGUUGACUUUUGGGAGUAUCAAUACGUCAGCUACAUCAUCCAGUACUCGUUCAUCUGUUUGAUGCUUGUGCUGGAACUGUUCCCGGACAAAGCACCCAGAUUCAGUGACUAUCCGAAGGCGAAGAACCCCAACCCAGAGCUCAGCUCGAGCUUCUUCUCCAAACUGCUGUUUCUCCACUUUGAUUCCUUCGCAUGGAAAGGAUUUCGAAAUCCUCUCACGAUGGACGAGAUGUACGACAUCAACCCGCAGGAUUCAGCACGCGAGCUAGUCCCACCGUUCGACAAGUACUGGAAGCAAAGUGUGGAGAAAGGUCGCAAACAGCAGAUGGCUACCGACCGGAAGGCGGGUAAGGUAGACAUUCAGUACAAACCACACUCACCCUCGAACGGAUCCGUCCUGUACACGAUAAUUCGUGCAUACGGGGGUCCGUUUUGGUUCGCCGGAAUGCUACAGCUGGCGAUAUCGGGGCUCCAGUUCGCCUCCCCUUAUCUCAUGCAAGCGCUGAUGGGAGUUAUCGCACUGGAUGAACCGCUGUGGAAGGGCCUUUUGUUGACUUUUGGAUUAUUUGGCGCAUCCCUGCUACUGGGGCUGUUCAAUGGGCAGUAUCUUUACUAUUGCUUUUUGAGCGGUUUUCGUAUCCGUACCGGGCUUAUCAGUGCCAUCUACCGGAAGGCGUUGCGAAUUUCGAGCGCGGCCAAGAAGGACACCACCGUCGGGGAGAUCGUGAACCUGAUGGCUGUCGAUGCGCAGAAGUUCUUCGAGUUGACGUCCUACCUCCAUAUCCUAUGGUCGGCCCUUUUAAUCAUUGGGUUGUGUGUGUUUUUGCUGUACGAUAUUCUUGGAGCGGCCGUAUUUGCUGGGCUGGGUGUGAUGAUUCUGAUCACUCCUGUGUCGGGUGUGGUAGCCGCAAAGCUAAAAACCCACCAGGUGGCUCAGAUGAAGCUGAAAGACGAGCGUGUGAAGAAGAUGAACGAAAUUCUCGGCGGUAUCAAGGUGCUGAAGCUGUACGCGUGGGAACCAAGCUUCCAGGACUCGAUCCUAACAGUUCGCGAUGAAGAAGUUGGUAUCCUGAAACGGAUGGCAUACUAUGGAGCGGGAAUAUUUUUCACCUUCACUAUUGCACCGUUCCUGACCACGCUUGUGUCAUUCGCCGUGUACGUGUUGAUGGACGAAGAGAACGUGCUUGAUCCUCAGACUGCGUUCGUGUCGCUGGCUCUGUUCAACAUCAUGCGGUUUCCGCUGGGAAUGUUCCCAAUGGUGGUGACGUUUGCCAUGCAGGCCUGGGUCUCCAUCAAGCGUAUCGAUAAGUUCCUCAACAGUGCCGAGCUGGACCCAGACAAUGUGACGCACAACAAGAGCGACGAAGCUCUCACGAUCAAGGAUGGAACGUUUUCCUGGGGAGAUGAGACACCGACGCUGAAAAACAUCAACCUCUCGCUCAAGAAGGGACAGCUAUCGGCGAUCGUUGGAACGGUCGGUACGGGUAAGAGUUCGCUGAUCUCAGCUCUUCUUGGAGAGAUGGAGAAGGUUAGUGGUGUGGUGAACACGGACGGUUCCAUCGCUUACGUCCCACAACAAGCCUGGAUUCAGAAUGCGACGCUGCGUGAUAACAUCCUGUUCGGAAGACCGUUCGACCCGGCAAAGUACGAUAAAGUGAUCGAGUGUUGUGCGUUGAAGCCAGAUCUUGAGAUGCUUCCCGGUGGUGAUACGACGGAGAUCGGUGAGAAGGGUAUCAACCUUUCCGGGGGACAGAAGCAGCGUGUUGCAUUGGCUCGUGCAGUGUAUGCGGACUCUGAGAUCUACCUCUUUGAUGAUCCUCUGAGCGCCGUGGACGCUCACGUAGGCAAGCACAUCUUCGAGAAGGUGAUUGGACCGUCGGGAAUGCUUGUGGGCAAGUCACGCCUUUUAGUAACUCACGGCAUAUCGUUCCUCCCGUUUGUGGAGAACAUACUCGUGUUGAAGGAUGGAGAGAUCUCAGAGAGCGGAACUUAUCAACAACUGAUAGACCAGAAGGGUGCAUUCGCCGAGUUCCUAAGCCAACACAUACAGGAGCUUGACGAUGAAGACGAAGAAAUAUCGUUAAUCCAAGAAACGCUCAAGGACGAUGCUGGAGCGCACGUGAUCCAACGAGCCCUUUCAGUACGCUCCAACCGAUCGAGCGAGGGCAAUGGAAGUGUACAUAAAAAAGCGAUCAGUCGUCAAGUGUCCAAACAAAGUAUUCAUGACAAAUCAGCCACCAUCAUUCCAAAGAAGGCGAACCUGAUCGGUGUUGAGGAAUCUGCGACGGGAGCUGUCACUUGGUUGGUGUACAAAAAGUACAUCAAAUCGAUCGGCUUCCAGUUUGGCUUUGGAUCCGUACUGUUUACUGCGAUCAACCAAGGCAGCGGUAUCUUCUCGAACUUGUGGCUCACCGAUUGGUCUGAAGAUCCCAAAGCUGCAACGGAUACCUCGGUUCGCGAUAUGUAUCUCGGUGUGUACGGUGCAACGGGAGGAGCACAAUCGAUUGCCCUCUUCCUGGCCGCACUACUAAUCUCACUGGGCUGUCUGAAGGCGGCCAAAGAGUCCCACGAUAAGCUGCUGGAGAGCUCUCUCCGAAUGCCGAUGUCUUUCUUCGACACGACGCCGCUGGGGCGAAUAAUCAAUCGUUUCUCGAAAGACGUCGAUGUGGUGGACAAUGUGCUGCCGGUGACGAUCCGUGCCUGGCUGCUAUUUCUGUUCAAUGUGCUCGGUGUGUUCAUCGUGAUCGGUAUCUCUACGCCGAUCUUCCUCGCGAUUGUACCACCGCUGAUGGUGAUCUAUUACUUCGUGCAGCGGUUCUACAUUGAUACCUCUCGUCAGCUGAAGCGUCUCGAGUCCGUCACCAGAAGUCCGAUCUACUCACACUUCGGCGAGAGUAUCGGUGGACAGUCAACUAUCCGAGCUUAUGGACAGCAGGAACGCUUUACCCACGAAUCGGAACGACGGGUGGACUACAAUCAGCUUGUGUCAUAUCCAACAAUUGUAGCUAAUCGUUGGCUCAGUGUACGGUUGGAGUUAAUUGGGAGCUGCGUAGUCUUGUUUGCGGCUCUGUUCGUCAUCCUAGCCCGGGAUACGAUCGGUCAGGCAAUGGUGGGAGUUUCUAUCAGUUACGCUCUUCAAAUAUCCCAUAAUCUCAGCUUCCUCGUGCGAAUGACGGCUGAGGUGGAGACAAACAUCGUAGCUGUGGAGAGGUUAGAGGAGUACACCGAGCUUCCGCGGGAAGCUGAAUGGCAGAAGGGUACAGUGGAUAAGGCGUGGCCCGCAGAAGGAAAGGUCGAGUUCAAGGACUAUCAGAUCCGCUACCGCGAGGGUCUUGAUCUGGUGAUUCGAGGCAUUUCGCUCAAUGUACGAGGAGGAGAGAAGAUCGGUAUCGUGGGACGUACUGGAGCAGGAAAGUCCAGCCUGACGCUUGGUCUCUUCAGAAUUGUUGAAGCGGCCGGUGGACAAAUCAUCAUCGACGGACACGAUAUCUCUCAAAUGGGACUUCACCAGUUGCGUGGUCGGUUGACCAUCAUCCCACAAGAUCCAGUUCUGUUCUCCGGAACACUGCGAGCUAAUGUGGAUCCCUUUAAAAGCUAUAGUGAUGAUCAGGUGUGGAAGGCUCUUGAGCUGUCCCAUCUGAAGGUAUUUGUAAAGGGAUUGGCUGCUGGACUUGAACAUCCAAUUUCCGAAAAUGGAGAGAACCUGUCGGUAGGCCAAAGACAGCUGAUCUGUUUGGCGCGUGCUGUGCUGCGAAAGACGAAGGUGUUGAUUUUGGAUGAGGCUACGGCGGCCGUAGAUCUGGAGACGGAUGACUUGAUUCAGAAAACAAUCCGUACGGAGUUCGCCGACUGUACGAUCCUCACCAUCGCCCAUCGACUGAACACGAUCCUCGACUCGGACCGUGUGCUGGUGCUCGACAAAGGUCUGGUAGCCGAGUGUGACUCGCCCCAGAGCCUGCUAGCGAACCGAGACUCCAUCUUCUUCGGUAUGGCAAAGAACGCCGGUAUCGUUACCUGAAAUACUUAGUAGCAUUACUAAAUGGUAUUAUAGAGGUUACUUA